AUGAAAUUUGUGAGUCUACUAAAAGAAGCCAAAGAUGGUGAUUUAGACCUGAACACGGCGGCCACCACGUUGCAAGUUCAAAAGCGCAGAAUAUACGACAUUACCAAUGUGUUGGAAGGAAUUGGAGCUCAGCAACAGCAAUCCGCGUAUUCUACCCGCCAAGAUUAUAAACAAAAGAUUGAAGAACUUCGGGCCGCCAAUGCUAAUCUCGAAUCAGAAAGACUGGAAUUAGAAAGGGCUGACCUAGAUGUGGAUAUUAGUAUCAAAAGCAUAUACGAGUCCGAAGAAAGCUCGAGGUUAGCGUUUGUAUAUCAAUCUGAAAUAGAAAAUAUUGAUUCUUUCCGUGGAGAUAUUCUCAUUGCAGUUUCUGAUGCACAGUUGCACAUAACCGAAGCGGUGGAG